ACGAUGGUCGAAGCUUCCGGGUUUACUGCAGAUAUGGGAGAGUAGGCUCUGGAGGUCGGACUGAGCUACUCGGCCCCAUGCCACGACACGAAGCGAUUUGUGCAUUUAAAUUCAAGUUUUGGCAGAAAACUAAUAAUGAAUGGUCCAAUCGCAAGAACUUCAGGUGUCACUCAAAGAAAUACACCUGGCUUGAAAUUGACUAUGGUAGAGGUGACAAGGAAACAAAGAAAGAAUUUGUCGCCAAUCAAGAGACAAAGCUUGAGACUCAAACUGCGCAUUCCAUAUCCGUCAUCCGCGAUAUUAACAUGCUGAAGCAGCAAAUGGUGGAAACCGGUUAUGAUGCCGAUAAACUUCCUCUUGGAAAGAUAAGCAAGUCUACCAUACUGAAGUUCCAUAGGGCUAUGACAUUUUAAAGAGGAUCUCUAAUGCUAUUUCAAAGGCUAACAGUCACAGGAUACAGCUAGAACAAUUGAGUGGGGAAUUCUACACUCUGAUUCCUCACAACUUUGGUUUCAAAAAAAUGCGUAAGUUUCAAACUUUCUGCUUAAUUCACCCCACAGUCAUGAUCUUCUAACAAAAUUUUAUGUGGCAG